AGAGCCGCCUUUCCAGGCUGCGCGGGGUCGCGGGGAAGUACGUCCCUACCUCAGCGGCCUCGCCGCUCUGGCGCGGGUCUCGCGUCAUGGCCAGCUGGGUGUUCUGUAAUCGCUGUUUCCAGCCGCCGCACAGGAAGUCGUCCUUCAGCCUGACCAGCUGCGGGCACGUGUUCUGUGACUCCUGCCUCCGCAAAGGUAAAAAGGAUGAAUGCCUAAUCUGUCAAGUUCCUUGUCAUACAGUUUUACUUUCAAAACAUACCAACUCCAGUAUCCAGGCAUUCUUCCUGGGCAUAGAUGGUCUGUGUAAGAAGUAUUCCCAGGAGACCUCUCAGAUUUCAGAAUUCCAAGAAAAACACAGGAGGAGAUUAGUGGCUUUCUAUCGAGAAAAGAUUUCUCAGUUGGAGGAGUCCCUCAGAAAGUCAGUGCUACAAAUCAAGCAACUACAAAGUAUGAGGUCAUCACAACAAGCAGCUUUCAGCACAAUUAAAAAUUCAGUUUCAGCAAAGCCAAAUGGAUUUCUCUUGCUGCCACCCAACUCUUCACUCCCUGACAGAAUAGAGUCAAUGGAAAUUGACCUGACUCCUCCAGCAAGAAAGCCUGAGAUGGCAGCAGGCCCUUCAAGAAUCUCUUUGAUUAGUCCACCUCAGGAUGGUCGGAUGGGCAGCGUCUCCUGCCUGGGAACCCAGCAUCUCAGCUUGACACCCAGCCAUGCAAACAUGGCAAAGGCUAUCAGAGUCCCACCGUUGCAGAUGCCCUACAAUGAAGUGUCGCCAGCUCCAGUAUCACAGCUGUCCAGCAGAGCAGCACAAGGGCCUUCCCCCAGCCCUAGCAGUUCUUGGGCUGGACCGCCCCGGCAGCCCAUCAGCAUCUCAGGGCUGAUGCAGAGGCAGUGUGCAGGGUCAGCAUCUCCUGCGGGGAUGGACACUGAGAAGAGGAGUCCAUUUUUACCCUCCACACCCACAAAUCUACGCUCUAUAGCCAGCCCCUGGCAUGUGUGCAUUCAUCGUGACUUCACUGGUACUGAACAUUCUGUUGGGCAGAGAUGGCACCAGGGGAAGGAGAUCCUUGUCUUUCCUAGGUUCAGUCAGUGCAGACCUGUGGACAGGUUCAGGCCAUGGAAGUUUUUAAACUGCGUGCCCAUGCUGUGCAAGUCUCCUCUGGGAAUAGUCGCCGCUGUGCAGAGCUGAGCAGGAACUGGGCUAUUUGCCAAAACACAAUCUCGGAGCACUCUCCUCUGGCCCCAGGGCCUGAUGGGACCCUUUCUCCAUCUCAGGUACUUUGCAUCACCAUCUCUACCUAUACCAUACCCUCUACUUAUACCAUACCAUAGCUUGAGGGCCAGCUAAGAGUGACUCAGGCUCAAGGGGGAGUGUUUUGUGGUGACAGGUCAGCAGAGGUGGCUGGAACAGAGGGCUUUGGGCCAUUUGCCUAGACCCAUCCCUUGCAUGUCGGUCCACUUCCUGAGCCUGGGCCCUACGUCUUCCUGUCUGUUUUGGGGUUUCUGGAUUGUUCUUUUAAUGAAGUCCUAUUGGGACUGGUGGGUGGGAGUGAGCAGAACCUUCACUGAGCCAACUAGGAAAUCUCUUGGGCCAAGAACCUGGAAAUAGUUUGGCCAGUACUCACUGCAGGUUGGCCCCUUGGGCUGUAUGUAUUCAGAUGAAGCCUGUAAGCACACCCUGUCCCCACCAUGCUAGUUGAUGAGUCUGGAAACACAAGUGUCUUGGGGACAUUGGCAACAUAAGAUCUAGGAAGGCAGAAGGUGGCAUCUGCCCCCAAAACAGAGACACCACAUAGAUAACCCAGAGUGUCCAGAGAGAGGCUUUACAAAUGCCAAAGUUAUAAAACAUCCAUCCUUGAGUUAGAGGAUAAUGUAAAUGCUCCAGCAAGACUAAGCCUCAAAGGUAAUGCUGAGGAAAAAGACAGGUCUGUGGUAAGUCUAUGAAAUCCUAUCAGCUUGGCCAGCUAUCUGCAUCAGUAUUACUCUCAUUGUUCAUCUCAGCUGGCAAACAAAUCUUUCAUUAUCAGUUGGCACAUACAUAGCUCCCUUCAGUGAACACGUGUAGGUCCCUGUCAGUGGAAACCUAUGUGGUUCCUUUAUUUGGCACAUACAGCUCCUCUUCAGUGGGGACUCAUGGUUGGCCCUCAGGUAUCACCCAGCUGGUUCCCUUCACUAGGUACAUACACAGCUCCCCAUCAGUGGCCACCCAAAACUCUUAUGUCUUCAGGAAAAUGUGCUGUCGGGUGAGCCCAGAAAACACAGGGUAUACACAGGAGCUUCAGUUUGCCUGGCCUACCGGUCAUCCAGCUACAAGACCAAAGAUGGGACAGAUGGUCCCACAGUCGAGGUACAGUGCAGCUGUGGAGAGCCUUGGUCCUGGGCUUCAGGAGGUAGUGUUGGGCCUACACAAGAAACAGUGAAAUACAUGAUGUUUUUGAGCCCCUCUGGAGUGUGGCAUAAUUCAACCCCAGGCAUGGAUGCCAGGACCCUUAACCUUGACGAUGCCUUGCCACUGAGGGGGUACGUCCCUAUGCGCUCACUUAAGGGAAACACAGGGCGAACUGUCUUGGAGUGCCGGGAUAAUGCCACUGCUGCCUGCUUUGAAGAAUUUUCCCAUAAUUCCUUGUUUUUUUUGUUUUUUUUUUUUUUUUUUUUUUUCAAAAAUUAAACUGUUUGGGGAGAGCUAGGGAGCUUGCUGAGUGGGCAAAGUGCCUGCCACACAGGCAUGGAGACCUGAGUUGAAUUGCCAGCGCACAGAAGACAGAAAUGGUAUGCACACCUGUAGUCGACAGUUGCUGUUUUGUGGCUUCUUCCCUUUCUCACCCUGUUAACACCCCACACUCACUACCCCCUAACAAUAGACAGGAGAAAAACAAAGAUAGAGGGGAGAGAGGAACUGGGGAAAUCCCUGAACUAAUCCUGUUUGGGGGGAUAGGGUUUGGGACAGGGUUUAUCUGUGUAACAGCCCUGGCACUCUGUGUAGACAGGCUGGUCUCCAAUCAGAAAGAUUCACCUGCCUCUGCCUCCUGAGAGCUGGGAUUAAAGGCGCGCACUGUCACACCUGGCUGUGUCUCUUUCCUUUUGAUUCUUCUUUGACCACGGCCACUAAUGAAUCACAAAUAACUUCCCUAAAGGACCAACAACCACCUACUCCACCUAUCGGAUUCUUGCAUUUAUAUACCCUCUGAAAAGUUCCCAGGAUUCCUAACGUCAAACACUCACAGAAGCUAUCUGCAGCUGGCAAAACCAUGCCCUCUGCUAGAGCACGAAGCAAAUCAUAGUCAGCUGCUGCAGACAGUUUGAAGCAGCCCCACAUCCCCACACCUGGGAUUAAAACAAAACCACAUUCUUAUCAUAUUUCUGUGUUUUUAAAGAAAUAAAAAAAUCCAAAAUUGUCAUUGUACAUACCUGUAACUCUGGCUAUAAAGGAGUAGAUAACUCAUUAGUCAGCCAGCAUAGAAUAAUGAGUUUCAGGUUCAGUGAAAAAAACAAAACAAAACAAAAAAACCUGUCUUUUUUGUUGGUGGUGGUUUUUGAGACACGGUUUCUCUGUGUAGCCCUGGCUGUCCUAGACCUCACUCUAUAGGCCAGGCUGGCCUAUGAACUCAGAGAUCUGCUGCCUCUGACUCCCAAGUGCUGGGAUUAAAUUUGUGUGCUAUCACUGUCCAGCCUAAGGAAACAAUGUCUUGAAAAAUAAAGAUGGAUGAGGCCGUGUUGAUGUCUGUGAUCUGUGCUGCUGCCAAGGGCCAUAUCUGGGUUCAUGGUCCUAAUGCAGCCAAGGGCCAUGUUGAUACUCAUGGCCUGCACCACCACCGAAGGCCAUGUGGCUGCCUGAAGUCUCUGUGGACCACGCUGCCACCAGGAGCCAUGAUGGUGUGAGUGGCCUUCCAGCCACCUAAGGCCAUGAUGAUGUCCUUGGCCGGUACUGCUGCCAAGGGCUGUGGUGGUGCCCUUGGCCUGUGCUGCAGCAGGGGCCAUGUUGAUGUCUGUGGUCUGUGUUGCAAUGGGAGGCCAUGCUGGAGUCUGUGGCUUGUGCUCAUGCUGGGGGCCGUACGGAUGUCUGCAGGCUGUGCUUUCGUCAGAGGCCGUGUGGGGGUCCUUGAUCUGUGUUCUAAAGGCAGGGAUGCUAAUCCCAGCUCUUGGGAGGCAGGUGAAUCUCUGAGUUCCAGGACAGUCAAGGCUACACAGAGAAAGCCUGUGGGGGUCAGGAGAAGAAGGCAGGGAAGCUACUUUUGAAGUGGUGUCAAUCACUGCAGACUGAUGGUUGCCAGAUAGGGACAUGGUAGGCUUCUGUGGUAACCUCUAGCCCUCACCCCACACACAACAAGUAACAGCCUAGACAGAAAGCCAUUGAAGAGAACUCCUUAAAAUUGUGGUAAUGGUGCUACAAUGCAGUUCUCCACAAUUGACGGCUGCCGCGGCUGCCGUAGGAAAGGACUCAGUUGUUUGUUUGUUUUUCUAAGGGACUGGCCACUGGGAGCUUGGUCAUGCUCCAGUGAGUAUACAGGCAACACAAAUUGGACUUGUUUUUUUUCCCUUCUUCUUUUUUGGUGGGGCGUGGGAGGACUGGGAGGUGAGGGGAUGGACCUGAAGGGACUGGGGGCGGUGAGUGUGAUUGGGGUGCAUGAUGUGAAAUUCUCAAAUAGUCAAUAAGAAUAUUAUGUAAUAAAAAGUAUGUCAGGCCAGACAUGACGGCGCACUCAUGUAAUCCCAACACUCAGGAUGCAGAAACAGGUGAAUCUCUGUGAGUCCCAGGCCAGCCAAGGCUGAGAGUGAGUUUUUGUCUUAAACAAAAUAAAAAUAAGAAGUCUGUUCUUCUCUUUCCCUUACAAAACUAAAAAAUAAAGGUGGAGAGUGAUAGUGAUAAGACGCCUAAUGUUGACCUCUGACCUCCACAUGCAGUGUGUGCGCAUCACAUAUACAUGUACAUACACACAAGGACACACACUCAUCCACACACAGUUGGGGGUGGGGUGGCUCAGUGAUAAAGCAUGUGCAAACACUUGGGUUCAGCGUUCAGCACCACAUUCGAUUUUUUUCUUAAUUUUGUAUCAUGUGUUUGUUAAUUCGUUAUGUGGGUUUGUGACUGCAUGUGCCCCUGUGUAGAGAGGUUAGAGCACAGCCUGCAGAAGUGAGUUCUUUCCUCCAUGAGGUGAGUCUCAGGUAAAGUUCAGGUCAUCAGGCUGGGCAGCAGACAUUUCACAGGCCCUCAGAUUUUUUAAAUCACAAAAAAAAAAAAAAAAUUAAUUACUAGGCACAACAGUGAGCAGGGGCCCUUACUCCUAAGAUCUGCUCUCUCCCUGGCCUGUCUGUGGGCAUGUCAGCCUCUGUUUGCUGCUGUCAGGACAGGACUAUCAUUGCCACAGCGAUGAGCACCUACCAGCUCUCACCCAUAGUCAGCCGGGCCCUGCCAUGUAGCUCAAGCUCGGGGGAGUGACAGGCAGAGAGCUUCCAGAGCAGUCUGGACUCUCCCAGUCCGGAGUGAACAGAAAGGGAACGGAACUUUGUUGAGGGGAAGCAGAGGCCACGCUGGUCUGUGCAGGUUCGUGGGGGAUGCCUAACUAGGGGAGCUUCAACCCUGCAUCAACAGUGUGGGGGACAAAGGGCUCUUGAGAGCUUCUCACAUAACCACCACCUAGGACAGGAGCUGCAGAUUUAGAGUGAUCAGGAUGGGCAUGAAUUGGUGAACACCCAUGAACAGGACUAGGUGACUCCAAAGAUUUCCUGAAAAACUGCUGAUAAAAUGUCUCAGCUGUGGGGUAAUGUCACCUCAUUCUCCAUAAACAAGCCAUUUGUUACUACAUUUAUCCAUAAAGUUCCCCAGAAGAGCUCCUGUGGCCACACAGCGUAGAACAUGAUGUAAGAUGAUUCUCUUUCAAAGGGUGCCUCUGAGCAGAGCCUGCUAGCCGAUCAUGUCAGCCUACAGGGUACACUGGGGCCUCAGAACCCAAACUUGCCCCCCCAAAGGAGCUUCAGAACACCUGGAAGGGACCCUAGCAUCCUAGGAGUAUGGGCAAGAGACCUAGGACCCCAGUGCUGCUCCUGUAUGUGCUGCCCGAGACAGGGUACAGCUCAGAGAGGAGGAGGAAGGAAUUUGGUGUUUGGAGUUAGAGCCCUUUAGAAACCUCAGGAAUCCUUUUCAGGAAAUGUCUUUUCUCCUGCCAUAGAAACACGGAGAAAUGUGACCUUGAACUCCUCUGAGCCUUCUACAUCUCUUCCUGAGCUGAGAAUGGGGAGAACCAAGACUUCGGGGCCCUGUUUGGAGAACAUCCGGGGUGUAAGGAUUGUCAAGGGUGUCCACUGGGGACUAUCUGACACCAGGAAGGGGAGGUCUGGGUUUAACCAAGCCUGACAGUUACUGCGGAGAACAGCAAAGGAAUUGACAUAGGGGGAAGGCUGGGGAGAGCCAGAGGGCACAGGGGAUAGACUCCAGCACCAGGUAGAGUGCUCGCCGUCUCUACCUCUGUCCCUCCCGUACUCCCUCACCAUGGGCUCUGCUGUCCUGCCUAAUGAGAGCUCAGCCUCUGGGGCCAAGGCCUGGAUGGGGUAAACUGCCAUGAGACAGUAGACUGCCCACAGAGGUCUGCAUCAACCCAAACCCUCACUCCUUUGUGAGGAGCUAGGAUGGCCAGAAGCUACACCUCCCAAGCUGAUGUAGAGGCAAGUAAAACCUUAGGAACCAAAUCCAGACUCGAGGGUGUCAGAAUUGGUGACCCACGGGCACAAGUGUGGGUUGAGGCUCCAGAGUUACAGAAGCUGAAGCUUUGCCUUAUGUACAGCCUGUAGGCCAUACCCCAUGGCCUGUCUGUCUGUAUGGGCUGACCCCACAGAAUGCAGUCUAGAAUCUCCUUAUACCACACACUUACACUAGAAUCUGAGGCCCUGUGGGAGCAGUCUGCACACGGGGACUCUGUCCUGCCAGUCAAUGUCCAGUGGUGUGCAACAAGAGAGGGUCUGUUUUAGGGGUCACUUUCAAACCCAGUGUUUGAGAAACCAGAAGGAUGUGGAAAAUGCAACUGGUCCCAGACCAGGAAGCCAUGGUUUUUGCCACUUGGCUCUUCCUGGCCCUGGGAAACUUGAUCCUGACACCAAGUCCUGGGCUACAGGAAGUGAAGAAGCUGCAGUUCCCCAAGGGACUGGCUAAAUGCUUCCAGUGAGGUGUGAGAAGGCUGCUGGCGGGCUGGCCACAGAGGCAUCUCAGACCUGUUUCCUGCUGAGACAACCCUCCCAUCCUGCUUAGUUCUAAUGCUUCUGGUUUCUCUGUUUUUACAUCUCAGACUGACACUUGGCAGAAAACUGAUUCGCCACAGGACUUUUCUGAGCCAAGACCUCUGUGAGGACAG